UCUCUUACUCGCUCACUAAUACCAUUAGUCAAAUUAGAAUAAUUAAUCCCUGACAGAAAAAUUAUUAAAUUUUAUUAUAUUCUCCAACGACGUCGUUUUCCUGAACGAUUAUUCAGCGUACCGUUGCCGACUCUGAGUCCACCCCAUUUGUAACCGUUUGAGCUCCACUUUCAAUUUCCCACUAAACAAGAACAAGAACAUUGGAUUCUGAUUUCUGAAGCCUUUUUCAAUUCAAUCCUCUCUGUUUCUUGAAAACCCAAUUCUCGGAUCCUAUUUUCUCCGCCAUUUUUGGCCCCAAUGCCCUCAACAAAGCUUCUCCUCUUCCCCAUUUUCCUCAUCCUCUUCCCUCCGCCGUAUGCAGACAGUACAGCCUUCGAUUUCGGUUCCUUCAGCCUCAGAAACCUCACUCUCGUCGGCGAUUCCCAUCUCCGGGACGGCGUCAUCGGCCUCACCAAGGAGCUCGGCGUCCCCUCCGCCGGCGCCGGCGCCGCCAUUUACAACAACCCCAUCGCAUUCCGCGACGCCGUCUCCAACACCACCGCUUCUUUCUCCACAGCAUUCUCCUUCUCCAUCUCCAACGCCAACCCCACCUCUGCCGGCGCCGGCGACGGCUUCGCCUUCUUCCUCUCCGCCUAUAACCAGACCCUCGGCAGCCCCGGCGGGUUCUUGGGCCUCGUCAAUUCCUCUCAAUUGACCAACAACAGGUUCGUGGCCGUCGAAUUCGACACUCGCCUCGAUUCCUACUUCCAGGAUCCGGAUUCCCACCAUGUGGGUUUGGACAUUGAGAGCCUGAUCUCGAUCAAGACGGCGGAUCCUGCUUCUCAGGGGGUUGAUCUCAAGAGUGGGAAGUGGAUUACGGCUUGGAUUGAGUACAAGAAUGAGAAGUCUAAUUUGAAGGUUUUCUUGAGCUAUUCGAGUUCUAGGCCUAAGCGGCCGCUUCUUGAUGUGAGUGUUGAUCUUUCUGGGUAUGUUGAGGAUGUUAUGUAUGUGGGGUUUUCGGGUUCCACUGAAGGGAGUACUGAGCUUCAUUUGAUUCGGAGUUGGAGCUUUAAUUCUUCUGGGUUUGUUCCUGCCAUGCCUGGAGGAUUCACCCCUCAUAAUGUUUCUGAUAGCUCCGUGAUUGUUUCCCCAAACAUUUCUAUAUCUGAUUCUGGCAAUGCUCGUCACAGCAGGCUCGGGUUGGGUCUCGGGAUCGCGGGACCGGCCUUCUUUUGUGCUGUGAUUGCUGUGUUUGGUUUCUUGUCGCUUAAGAGGUGGAGGAAGAUUAGAACUCAGAAGAGCUUCAAGGCAGAGCUUUUGACUGGCCCUAGAGAGUUCAGUUACAGGGAGCUGAGGACUGCCACUAAAGGGUUUCACUCCAGUAGGAUCAUUGGCAAUGGAGCUUUUGGGACUGUCUACAAAGCUUUUUGCGUUUCCUCGGGAACCAUUUCUGCGGUUAAGAGAUCGAAACAUUCCCACGAACACGAAGGGAAGACUGAGUUCCUGGCUGAGCUGUCGAUCAUAGCUCGGUUGAGACACAAGAAUUUGGUUCAGCUCCAAGGUUGGUGCGUUGAGAAAGGCGAACUGCUUCUCGUUUACGACUUUAUGCCGAAUGGGAGCCUCGAUAGGUUGCUUUACCAGGAAACUGGAGAAGCUAGCUUGCUAAACUGGUCUCACAGAUACAAUGUUGCUGUUGGGUUGGCCUCUGUACUGACAUAUCUCCAUCAAGAAUGUGAGCAGCAAGUCAUCCACAGAGAUAUAAAGACUGGUAACGUACUGCUGGACGGGAACUUCAAUGCGAGGUUGGGCGAUUUCGGAUUGGCGAAGCUCAUGGAUCAUGACAAGAGCCCAGUUUCAACUCUAACUGCAGGAACAAUGGGAUACCUUGCGCCUGAGUACCUUCAGUAUGGGAAAGCGACCGAGAAAACCGACGUCUUCAGCUACGGUGUGGUUAUCCUCGAAGUGGCCUGUGGGAGGAGGCCGAUCGAAAGAGAAGCAGGCACUCAAAAGAUGGUCAAUCUGGUAGACUGGGUUUGGGGACUGCAUUCUCAAGGCAAGAUCAUCGAAGCAGCCGAUAAAAGGUUGAAUGGGGAGUUCAGGGAAGAAGAAAUGAGGAAGCUGUUGCUUGUGGGAUUGAGCUGUGCAAACCCAGAUAGCUCGGUGAGGCCUUCGAUAAGGAAGGUCCUGCAGAUUCUCAACAACGAGGCAGAGCCGGUGUUCGUACCGAAAAUGAAGCCUAGCCUAACAUUUUCUUGUGGCCUAUCACUGACUGUGGAUGACAUUAUAGUAGAGGAAGGAGAAGGAGAGUGUGAAACUCCAGAGACCAUUGUCCAAAUAGACUGCAACUAAUUUUUGUGUUUCU